AGACAAGAAAUGAAGCUGAGUCACAGGUGGAAGCAGACUUUGUGUUUGUUAGGUUGUUAUAACACCAAAACACGGUCGUUUCGAUUAAUCAUUUCUUAUUUGUGUAUAAUAAGAUAAACAGAUCGUUGCUCUGCCACAACGACUCGUCAGGUAGGUUGACUCCACUCUCUCCUUCCAUCAUCUUUCUCUCCAACACUUGGCAACGUGGUGCGCCAGAAGAGGAGGAUGUCGAGCUUUCACUGCGCCAACACGGCAACACCGGGUCUCCUCAUGAAAUAAACCUGUACGAAAUGUUAUUUGAAGCCUGAAGUUGCGGCAGUAACAGAGCAACAGUACAGGCGAUACGCGCGUAAAUGGAGACCAGCGGCAGCAACAGCUCGGGGAAGGCGACGGACGCGGAUGGAGAGCUGCGCGGACGCUUCGCGCUCACCCGCGCCGUGGUUCUGGGUUUGGUUUUUGUGUUUGCAACAUGUGCCAAUGUUUUCUUCCUGGAUACACUUUUGAAGAAGCGACACACACGGACUCAGCUGUUCCUCCUGCACCUGUGCUUGGCAGAUUUGGUCGUGGCGUUUUUCCAAGUCCUUCCGCAGUUUUUCGUUGAAAUUACGCACAGGUUCCGAGGCACCGACUUCCUGUGCCGCGUGGUAAAAUACCUGCAGGUGGUGGGCAUGUUUGCCUCCGCUUACAUGAUUGUGACUCUGACCAUAGACCGCUACCACGCGGUUUGUAAGCCGAUGGUUUCCUUCUUGAGGAGCUCAUUCAGGAGACACCUCUCCAUUGGCGCAGCCUGGCUGAUCUCUCUGGUCUUCAGCUCUCCUCAGCUCUUCAUCUUCUCUCUCCAGGAGGUGGAGGAGAACCAGUUCGACUGCUGGGCGACAUUUAUUGAGCCGUGGGGGAGCAGGAUCUACAUCAGCUGGAUCACCCUGUCAGUGUUUGUCCUGCCUGCAGUCAUUUUACUCUACUGCCAAAUGAGAAUAUGCACAACCAUCUACUUCAACAUGAAGAGGAAGGCGCUGCAGACGGGACGCGCCAGCACGAAGGGGGUGUCCAACGCGAUGCUUAAGACCGUAAAAAUGACGUUUGUCAUCAUCAUGGCAUACACGGUGUGCUGGAGCCCAUUCUUUAUUGUACAGUUGUGGUCUGCGUGGAGCCCAAGCAGCGCGCCCACUAAAGGUCCAGUGUUUGCCAUCAUCAUGCUGUUGGCCGGUCUCAACAGCUGCACCAACCCCUGGAUAUACCGCUACUACUGCUAAUAAAAAGCAUAGAGGCCAAGACGCCCACUAUUACAUCAUCAUUAAUAAACAAUUAGACAUUACUCAUAUAUGAAGUAGGUUGUUUGAUACAGUCCAGGGCCUGAUGAACUCUAGAUGCAACAUAUGGAAAUAUGAAGACGCUCAACAUUCUAUUAUG